UUCAGGAAGGGCACGAGACGAGAUUCAGCAGACUCUGCUUUUGGCCAGACGAACAUCUUAUGAGUAACCGGCUGCCGGUAAUGGGGGACCCGGAGCCCCGGGAGGGGGUGGGCGCCGAGACACAGACCGCAGCAGUGAGCUCAUCGGUGUGGAUCACAGUAUGAUAAAACAGUUGCUGUGUUUUUGUUUUUUUUUUGUUUUUUUUAAUUUGUAGUGGGUGGCGUUAUUAACAGCCGGCGAAUGAGGCGUUGUUCGCUGUGAUUCCGAGCUGGCUGUGAGUUGACGACGAGCAAGGAUGGAUGGAUCUUCGAUCACAGGCCAGUCCGGUCAGCCCGAGCCAGUCCAAGCAGGGUGGGUUCAUUGGGUUUAAGAAGCAGCCGGCUCCUAUUUGCUGGCUCGCUCUACGUCGGCCGGGCGGGGGAGUCGAACCAUGUCCGCGUUCUGCCUCGACCUGAACACGCCCGGCAUGGCUUCAGCAACGCUGGAGCUGGACAGCGACUCGGUGGAGCCCGGAGCCCGCCCAGCUCACACGCUGCGCCACGCCGGCUCUGGAGGCCUCGGUGCGGCGUUGGAGGAGGAACUGGCCAUGCUCGGCGAGGAGCAGGAGGAAUUGGGAGAGCUCUCCCUGGACCGCAACGACGACUUGCUGUCUCUCUUCCGCCAAAAGGAAAAGGAUUUGCUUUUAGCUGCCAAACUGGGCAAAGCUCUACUGGAAAGAAACCAAGAUUUGACCAAGCAAUAUGAGAAAAUGCACAAAGACCUUAACGACAAAUUGGAGCAUUUGGAGCAGGAGAAACAUGAGUUGCGUUGGCGUCUGGAGAAUCGAGAGGGAGAGUGGGAGGGCCGCGUGGCCGAGCUGGAGACUGAUGUCCAUCAGCUGCAGGGAGAACUGGAGCAACACCAGGUCCAGUUGAGAGAGGCCGACAGGGACAAAACUAAGGUCAUCAGUGAGCUGUCCGAACAAAAUCAUCGAUUGCUGGAACAACUUCGAAGGGCUGCAGAGGUGGAGAACCAGCUAUCCACUCAGGUCCAUUCGCUACGGGAUGACUUCAGGGAGAAGAGUACGUCUACAAGGCAGCACAUGACACGAUUGGAAUCGCUGCAAGCCGAAAUUAAAAUGCUGUCGGAGAGGAAGAUGGAGCUUGAGCGGCGGGUACAUGCUAUACUGGAGGAGAACGAAGUGCUCAAGAACACUGUGGAAGACCUCAGAGAUAGGACACUGGUGCUGGAGAAGCAGUGUCACGAGAAGGACCUACAGUUGCGGCAGAAUCAGGUGGAGCUUCAGGAAGUGCAGUUGUCCCACAGGCAGCUAACAGCUCGGCUGGAGGAGCUGACAGAGGAAAGCAGCCUGCAUAGCCUCACCCCUCACCAGUCCAGCCUGAUGUGCGAGAUAGAGCAAAGCAUGGAGCAAGAGGAGCAGGAACAGGAAAGAGAGCAGCUGCGUCUCCAGCUGUGGGAAGCCUACUGUGAGGUGCGCUCGCUGUGCUCGCAUCUCCGAGGAAAUGACGUCACAGACUCUGCGCUAUCCACAGACUCGUCCAUGGACGAGUCCUCGGAGACGUCCUCGGCCAAGGAUGUGCCAACCGGGAGCCUUCAUGCCAGCCUGCUAGAACUACGCAGGCUAACACAGAACCUGCUGGAUGGCAAUGAGUCCACGGGUUCUCCACGCAGUGACGAGGAAGCUCUGGAGGAGCAAGUGAAGAAGCUGGCAGAAGAGCUGAGAGAAGUCCGAGAACUGUACGAAGCUGAGACACACAAGACGCACAACAGCAAAGAGGAAUUGCUGCAAUUGCACAAUCAGGAAUCUGAGCGGAUGAGGACCAUGGCAGAGGUCCGAGAGCCCAGCGAGCAGCUCCAGAGUGCCAUUAAAGACAGAGAUGACGCUAUAGCCAAGAAGAAGGCAGUGGAGAUGGAGUUGGCCAAGUGUAAAAUAGACAUCAUGUCUCUCAAUAGUCAGCUUCUGGAUGCCAUCCAGCAGAAGCUCAAUCUGUCACAGCAGCUGGAGGCCUGGCAGGACGACAUGCACAGAGUGAUCGACCAGCAGUUAAUGGACAAGCACCAGGACGAGUGGCGCUCCACGCCGUCCUCCGUCUCCGCGUCCAGGUCAUCAAGAGCUCCCGGCGCUCAGUCCACCGGGCGAGCGCUCCACCUCUCUGACCGGGACCGAAAACUUUUCUCCUUCUUCAAAAAGAACUGAGUACACGAGACGGAGGUGACGCCGGAUCACGUGGAGGAGAGUGCAGGUGGAAACUACGCAGCCAAAGACAGACGGUGGCAUGGAGCAUUUAGUCGAGAUCCUUGAUAUCUGGACCAGUAUGCUCUUGGUCCUCACUAGCAAUUCGGCCCACUAGUACAACCACCAUGGCGCAUUAACUACACUUCUGAGGCAACUGGCGGUGUUGUACUGGAAGGAUAAAUGUUACGAAUGAGGCGAAACUGUGCACGUUGACACUACUACUACUACUAGUGAAGUUGUUAAUAGUACAGUUAAUAACGUCACAAGUGCAGUACUAAUAGUAGCACGCAGUUUUCAAUAUGUGCACACUUUUGCCUCAAUAGUAUCUAUCCUACUACAUUUGUAGUAUGCCAACAUUAUUAUACUAGUCAAGAUGAAGCGUGUCCUGGGCUGGAAAUUAAUGGAAAGCUGUUUGAACAAUCAUUUGAUAUCCAUCUUACGGUCCAUGUACUACAACGCUCUUUGUCUUCAUUAAUAAGACAAUUCAGGGCACUAGUAGUAAGACUUUGUAGUCAUUCUAGUAAUGCUUGUUGCAUUACUACCUUCCACUACUGUAUGACAUUCCUGGACACAAGAAAAGUGGUUCUCAAACAUUUUACCCGAGGUACCACCUAAAAAAAAAUAAACAAAAAAAACAUUAAAAUACAGUAGCAUAAUAAGUGCAACUGUUCAUGACAAGACAGAGGUUUUGUGCCUAAAAAGUAUAUUCAUUAUUAUUUCAAGUCACUGUAAUAUUCAAAAGUUUGAACAUUAACAUUGUCCUUUAAUGAAACAACUGAACUCAAACCGUGGUUCAUUAAAUUAUUGCACAGAAAAGGUUCAGUACAAAUUAAACCGAAAUAAAUGUUCAAAAGCAAGGAGUUCUAAAAGACAAAAUGCAAAUCAAAGUACUUAAAAAAGUGAAAUACGUCUAACUGAAUUUCAAUUAACAAAAGUACAGCACUGGAUUGAAAAGAAAGUUGACUUAUAUAGCGUUUGCACAUUUAAUUCAGUGACUCUUCUGCACACUACCAGAGGGAUCCCUCAUACGACAGUUUUGAGAACCACUGACUUAGAAGGACAAUUUUAGCAUACUCCAAAGAAAACUACGUCACUAGUGAGGCAAAACGACUAUGGGCAUUUUGGUACUAUUAGUGGAGUUCAGGUGGCUACCAGUGUGUGACACAUCCUUACUACUUGGGGCCUGAUGUGUUACUACUGCAGCACAGUUGUUAAGUAGUAGAGAUUGUGUACAUGGAAGCCAAAAGUGCCACUAAGAAUACAAAAAUU